UGGGUAUCAGCUUCUCAGUCAAUCCAUACCAUGAGGUAUGUCAGAAUGAGAUCACACAAACAUUCAGCAAUCCAUGUGCCUCUACAGUCUUGCCUGGCGCUUCAACUUCGCUGCCUUCGCAAACUUAAUCUGUUUUCGAAUCACAUUCGAUUUUUUAUAUGUGUUGUCCGGUCCAAUCGCUGUGGAGGGCGCCGAGACUGGAGACUGUCUCAUAGUUGAUAUUCUUGAUGUCAGACCAUUUGAUAAAAUGCCCUGGGGCUACACCAUAAGCACCCUCACAAAUAUUUUCUUAUCCCUACUUAUCAUACACCACCAUGUCUCAGAUGGUGAACUCUCAACCAUCAUCGCCGUCCCAAUGGUCUUCAGCAUUGUCCACGGCAGUGAUCACGUCUGAGAGUGCUCAACAGAGACGCAAAAUUGCUACCUUGGAGGAGAAGCUACAAAUACUGGAGGCGGGGCAUUCGGUGAAGCAAAGAUAUG